UAAGGUAUUCGGUAUUCGCCAAAAACCGUCUGAAAAGGCGACAUUUUUCAAUGAAAAUGGCAAAUUUUUAACCACGAAUAAACCAAAAGGAUUCAGUUUAAAAAAAAAUUAUAGAACAGUGCACCCGCCGCCUUUGCAAUGCUGCCGACGGCCCAAUAAUCCCUAAAUUUACGAUUUCUCUCCUUUUUGAAUGAAUGGUGUUAAGAAAAUGCAAUUUUUUUUUCCAGAAAUGAAUGCCCACUUAUAUUCCAUUGAUGGAUGUAUGAUGUAUGUACAGUAGGAAAAAUGAAAGAAUACCCAUGAACGAACAUAUAAAACAUGCUGUAUUUUCCUGUAACCGUGUCACACAAAAAAUUGGCCAGCGCAAGUACACUUCGCGUCAAAAAAAAUUGGUACAACUCUUAUAACCGAAAAUCGUGUUUUUCAAGUUGUGUAAGUUGAUCUUGUCACAAGUGUCAUUCCAAUUUCUAGGGCAACGUUGCCAGUUCAACGAAAAUAUUAUAUCAAUCUAGGUAAAAACGGGGCUGUGCGACAGACCGCAUUUUUUAAUAUACUAAAAACUAAAACAAUUGUAAUUUUCCGUCAUCUCAAUUAAGCAUCCAUACAUUGAUUCGUGUUUUAUUAUAAUUUAUGAAAAUAUUUAAAUUCAAAAAUAAUGAUAGAUAAUAAAUCUUGACAUGACUUUAAAUUAUUAUGUUUAAUGUCAAAUCGAGAGGUGUGAUUGGUUUCUCGUAAAUUGUAGGACAAAUCUGCAUUAAGUUGUGUAGAAUAAAUAAAACACACUGGAAAAAUUAAAAAUUUAAUUUGAAAUUAAUACAAAAUGAAUAACUUUUACAGUGAAAAAGUGUGUAAUUUAAAUAUAUAUGUAUUACAAUUCGAAAUAUACAUUUUAAACGUUAUUUUUUUGUAUUUAGAUUUAGUGUAAUUCCGUUAUCUGUGAUGGCAACAACGAAGUGAUUCACGAACAAUAAUUGUCAGUCUGAACACAGGGUUACAUUGGGAAAAAAAAGUGUACCAGUUUUAUAUGACGCGAAGUGUACAUGUAUAUAAUAAUUAUUGUUAUUGUCCUUUUCAUGAACAUUUUUCAGUGCGUAACAAAUGAUAGGAAAAAGGGUAAGUCCGUGAUAAUACACAUUUAUGACAUUUAUUCUAACAUGACAUUUUAGUUAAAUCUGACAGUUGUCACAUUUUAUUUUCAAUUUGGAAUAAAAACAAAUCAAAUGUGUUUCUUGCAUUUAUAAAAUGGUAUUUUCUUUGAUUUGUAUAGUCUUAUAAAUUAUACAGAUUAUAUUUGUAAUAUUAUUAUCUAAUUAAAAAAAAUUAUUUUUUUUAUUAUGGCGCCAUCUAUCGACAACUAGAAUAACUAGAACAAAUUGUUAUAAAUGUCACCGACGAAAUGUAAUCACCGACCUGCCUUUUUUUCUGUCACAUACAAUUUAAUGCGUUAGAAAGAAAUCGAAAAACUGUGACGCACUGAAAGAUGAUCAUGAGAAAACACCGGUGACAGGAAAAUAGGGCUUUUCAUUCACAGUCAUUUGUUUCGAGCUUCUGUCAUAUGUUGUAUAAUCCGUGUAUAUUAAUAUUAUACACGGAUUAUACGACAUUUGACAGAAGCUCGAAACAAGUGACAAUCGAUGAAAAGCCCUAUACAGCGUGUUUUAUAUGUUCGUUCAUGGGUAUUCUUUCAUUUUUCCGACUGUAUGUACUUAAAGGUUAUUCGAUUUUAAUUUUUAUAUAUAAAUAUUUUUGUACAGUAUUUUUGCCGCCCUAGGCAACUGCUUAUACGCUGUGAGCUCGUACGUAGAGGGGAUAUUUACAAAUUCGCGAGCGCCAGUAGUGACAAGUCUGUAAACCUUUACCGGAAAUUUGACAUAAAUGUCAAAGUGAUUAAUUUAAAAUUAAAAUUAAAAACAUUCAUUAUAAAAAAUAUUAGUUGGUCAAAGCUGGGGUAUAUAUUUUUACCUUAAAUAUACUUACGUUUUAAAUACUGAAUUUAAGUUUUUUUACUGUUCCGUAAUAUGUAAUUAUAAAUUAUUCUAAUAAUCUUAGCGCCAUCUACACGAUAAUUGUGAAAGUAUCCGAAGUAAGAAAUUCAUAUUUUAUCAAUAGAACGUCAAAAUGAUUAGCAAAAUCUUAAAAAAAUCGAUUACAAUUUAAUUACUUUUUUGCGUUGUAAAUAUUAUGCGAUAACAAUUAAAUAAUAAAUUUAAAAAUUACCGGUGAAAGUUGAAUUAGUAAUCCGCUAGGAACGCCACGAGCGAAGCUCAGAGCGUAUAUUACCUAAUGGAUAAAGCAGCCCUGGGGUCAAAUGAAAUGUUCAACAUGAAUAUGAACAUGAAUUCAAUAAAAUCCAAUUACUAUUCGCAAAACCUAUUCCAAGCAAGCGAACGCUCACAACAACAUUCGAUUCUACUGGGCAAAUAGAUUUCACAAAUGCGCUUUACGAAGGCGCCAAAUUUAAAAAUAUAUUUCGGUGUUUCACUGUGAACAUCUGUGAACCAUGUAUCACUGUGUACCACUUUCCCCUACUUUGCUCAUCCCUGCUCUAUAAAAGCUAAAAGGUUUUCAAAUAAAUACGGCAACGUCGCACGUUCAUCGUGUUUGAACUACUUUUAACGUCGAAAUUGACUAAAAACUGACUGUCGGAGGCCAGAAAUCUUAACACAAAAUAGAAGAAGAAAUUGACAGUUUGCUAGAAAAUGAAUAAUAAAUAAUAUUUAUUUUAUAUAAAUAAUAAAUUAUUUUCUAGUAAAACCUAAAACUCAUAUAAUUAUAUCAUGUUUAAUCAAAAUAAUCAAACUGAAGUCAAAACGGAGUUUGCUGAGAUAACUUGCAAAAGAGAAAUAAAUUACGAAGUAGAUGAAGUUCUACAGGACACCUUUAAAACUGAAAUAAAGGAGGAACCUAUCGGGGAAAGUACAAAUGAUAAAUUUGUUUAUUUAUUAGACGUGAAGAAAUGUCCUAUAAAAGCUGAAAUAGAUCAAGAUGAUGGUCUCUCUUGUAAAGAUAUGAAAACUGAUGUCAGUAACCUCUUCACAAAUGAUGAUAGAAGUGAUAGUAAUUUGAACCAACGUACAACUUCCACUACCAACGUGAACACUGAAGGACAAAGUUUUAUAUGUAUCAUUUGCCAAAAACCAUUGUCAAGCCAUUCUCAUUUAGAAGUACAUAUGAGGAUACACACUGGGGAUAAACCUUUUGAAUGUGAAAUUUGCGCCAAACACUUUUCAACAAAGAGUUAUUUAUCAAUGCAUAUGAAAUUGCAUACUGGUGAAAAACCAUUUGAAUGUAAAAUUUGCAAGAAAGAGUUUUCUUUGAAAGUAUAUUUAAAAUCACACAUGAGAAUUCAUAUUGGUGCAAAAGCAGUCGAAUGUGAAAUUUGCGCCAAAAAAUUUUCAUCAAAGAGUAAUUUAAAAGUACAUAUAGAAGGCCAUACUGAUGAAAAACCAUUUGAAUGUGAAAUUUGCGCAAAACGGUUUUCAAAGAAACCACUUUUAAAAUCGCAUAUGACGGUGCAUACUCAUGAAAAACCAUUUGAAUGUGAAAUUUGCACCAAAAAGUUUUCAACGAAACCAUUUUUAAAAUUGCAUAUGAGAGCGCACACUGGUGAAAAACCAUUUGAAUGUGAAAUUUGUAAGAAACACUUUUCAACAAAGAAUUAUUUAUUAAUCCAUAUGAAAUUGCAUACUGGUGAAAAACCAUUUGAAUGUGAAAUUUGCAAGAAACCGUUUUCAACGAAAUUAUAUUUAAAAUCGCAUAUGAGAGUGCAUACUGGUAUAAAACCAGUUGAAUGUGAAAUCUGCGCGAAGCAGUUUUCAACAAAACAAAUUUUAAAUACGCAUAUGAGAGUGCAUAGUGGUGAAAAACCAUUUGAAUGUGAAAUUUGCGCUAAGCAGUUUUCAUCGAAACAAGUUUUAAAUAAGCAUAUGAGAGUGCAUACUGAUCAAAAACCAGCUGAAUGCGAGAUUAGCACCAAACAGUUGUCAACGAAACCAUUUUUAAAAUUGCAUAUGACAGUCCAUACUAGUGAAAAACUAUUUGAAUGUGAUAUCUGCACCAAACAAUUCUCAAGAAAGAGUAAUUUAAAAUCACAUUUGAGAGUGCAUACUGGUGAAAAACCGUUCGAAUGUGAAGUUUGCGCUAAGCAGUUUUCAACGAAACAAGUUUUAAUUACGCAUAUGAGAGUGCAUACUGGUGAAAAACCAGUUGAAUGUGAAAUUUGCGCUAAGCAUUUUACAACGAAACAAAUUUUAAAUUCACAUAUGACACUGCAUACGGGUGAAAAACCAUUUGAAUGUGAAAUUUGCGCAAAGCGGUUUCCAACGAAACAAGUUUUAAAUAGACAUAAGCGAGUGCAUACUGAUCAAAACCCAACUGAAUGCGAAAUAUGCACCAAACAGUUUUCAACAAAGUAUUAUUUAACAGCACAUAUGAAAUUGCAUACUGAUGAAAACCAAUUUGAAUGUGAAAUAUGCACCAAACGAUUUUCAACAAAGGGUAAUUUAAAAACACAUAAUAUGGCAGUUCAUCCUAGUGAAAAAUCAUUUGAAUGUGAAACUUUCACCGAACAAUUUUCAACGAAACCACUUUUAAAAUCGCAUGUGGGAGUGCAUACUGGUGAAAAACCAUUUGAAUGUGAAAUUUGCACCAAACAGUUUUCAACGAAAUACGUUUUAAAAUCGCAUAUGGCAGUGCAUACUGGUGAAAACCAGUUUGAAUGUGAAGUUUGCGAUAAGCAGUUUUCAACGAAAUCACUUUUAAAAGCGCAUAUAAGAGUGCAUACUGGGGAAAAACCAUUUGAAUGUGAAAUUUGUACCAAACAAUUUUCAACAAGGGGUAAUCUAAAAUCACAUAUGACAGUUCAUCCUGGUGAAAAAUCAUUUGAAUGUGAAAGUUGCACCAAACAGUUUUCAACGAAAUCACUUUUAAAAUCGCAUAUGAGAGUGCAUACUGGUGAAAAACCAGUUGAAUGUGAUAUUUGCGCAAAACAAUUUAAAUCAAAGAGUAAUUUAAAGGUACAUAUAAAAGGGCAUACUAAUGAAAAACCAUUUGAAUGUCAAAUUUGUUUAAAACAGUUUUCAAGAAAUCCAUUUUUAAAAUUGCAUAUGAGAGUGCACACUGGUGAAAAACCAUUUCAAUGUGAAAUUUGCACCAAACAGUUUUCAACAAAGAAUUAUUUAUUAACCCAUAUGAAAUUGCAUACUGGUGAAAAACCAUUUGAAUGCGAAAUUUGCAAGAAACCGUUUUCAACGAAUUUAUAUUUAAAAUCACAUAUGAGAGUGCAUACUGGUGAAAAACUAAACUUACGUGCAUAGAAAUCGGCCCAUUUAAAAAUUUGGUCAUUUUUGAUGUCUCAUAUUUCCUAAACCUGUUGGCCGAUUUAAGUGAUUUUUUGAACAUGUUAUAGCCUGAUUCUUUAACAAUACCACUGUAGUAAUAUUGUUGCUAAACAGGUAAAUUUUCAUUGUAUACCGGGUGUACCAAUAAAACUGUGUUUUUUUCUCAAAGUUUGCAUCACAGUGUGGAAUAUUCUAGCAUUUAUAAAAUACUGAAAUUAAAACCCAACUAUAGCCUCAGGUUUUCUUCUACCUCUUGGUAGGUUUUAAGAGAUAGUUAUUGCGGAUUUUUUGACAUAAAAUUCAGAAUUUUAUAUUCACCAUUAGCGUGCAUACAGGUAAUAUGAUCGGUCAUAUUACACAUAUGCGCGCUAAUGGUGAAUAUUAAAUUCUUAAUUGUAUGUCGAAAAAUGUGCAGUAACUACGUCUUAAAAUCCACCAAAUUGCAUUGGCAUAUCUCAACCCGUUUUAGAGCAAUAAAAUAAAUCGUCAGUUUGUAAGAAAAAAUUCAACAUCCCGUAUCUAGGAAACGAAACAUUUGCGGACAUACGUUUAUAAAGCCAACUGUCAUUAUUUUUUCAUACAGAAUUAUCCCAUAAAGUUUGUCGCACUUAUUUAGAAAGACCGUGUAUUGAUGAAGAACAUGUCUAGUUGUUAAAGUACCUAACUUUUUUAUCAUCCAACAUAAACGAAUAAAUCAAAAAAACAGAAUGUUUAGAAAAUCUGAGGAUAUAGUUUGGUUUUAAUUUCAGUAUUUUAUAAAUGCUAGAAUAUGCCACAGGCUGAUGCGAACUUUGAGAAAAAAACACAGUUUGAUUUGUAUACCCAGUAUACAAUAAAAAUUUACCUGUUUAGCAAUAAUAUUAUUGUAGUGGUAUUGCUAAAGAAUGCUAUAACAUGUUCAACAUUGCUAUAACAUGUUCAAAAAAUCACUUAAAUCGGCCAACAGGUUUAGGAAAUAUGAGACAUCAAAAAUGACCAAAUUUUUAAGUGGGCCGAUUUCUAUGCACGUAAGUUUAGUUUAAUGUGAAAUUUGCGCCAAAAAAAUUUAAAUCAAAGAGUAAUUUAAAGGUACAUAUAAAAGGCCAUACUAGUGAAAAACCAUUUGAAUGUCAAAUUUGUUCAAAACAGUUUUCAAGGAAAUCAUCUUUAGAAUUGCAUAUGAGAGUGCACACUGGUUAAAAAUCCAUUUCAAUGUGAAAUUUGCGCCAAACAAUUUAAAUCAAAGAGUAAUUUAAAGACACAUAUAAAAGUCCAUACUGGUGAAAAACCAUUUGAAUGUGAAAUUUGCACCAAACAAUUUAAAUCAAAGAGUAAUUUAAAGGUAAAUCUAAAAGGCCAUACUGCUGAAAAACCAUUUGAAUGAAAUUUGCACCAAACACUUUUCAACAAAGGGUUAUUUGAAUGUGAAAUUUGCAGGAAAGAGUUUUCAAUAAAAUUAUAUUUAAAAUCAGUUUAAUAUGAAAUUUGUGCCACACAAUUUAGAUCAAAGAGUAAUUUAAAGGCAAAUAUAAAAGGGCAUACUGAUAAAAACCAUUUGAAUGUGAAAUUUGCGCAAAACAAUUUUCAACAAAGAAUUAUUUAUUAACCCAUAUGAAAUUGCAUACUGGUGAAAAACCAGUUGAAUGUGUUUGCACCAAACAGUUCUCAACGAAACAAGUUUUGAAAUCGACACGAUAUUAGUUGAUAAUAAUGCAGAAAAUGUAGCUACCGGUUUAAGAAAACAGAUUAAAAAUCUCGAAUUCAUUUUCUUAUUAACUUUAUGGUAUAACAUUUUAAGUACUGUAAAUAUUUCAAGUAAAAUAUUACAAACCAAAGAUUUUGACAUUUCUCAUGUUUGAUCAAGUUUAAAUAUACUAACCAAUUCUUUAAAAAGUUCAGACAAAGGGUUUUCUGAUUUAUUAGUCGAUACUAAAGAAGUUGCUUCUUCUGUAGAUGUUGAGGCUAAGUGUAAGACUACUGGAGUAUUAAGGCCAAGAAAUAAAAUUCAUCAAAAUGGAAUAAAAACAUAAACGCCUCGUGAAUUAAACAUUUUUAUUCGCUCAAAGAAAUGUUAUCACUUUCACUACGUGCUUGUGAUUUAUAUCGACAUCUUUUCGCGAAUAAACAUAUAAUAUGUUUAAUUCAUUUUUUGUUUGAUAUUUUUGAAGUUAUACUUCUUUAGGCGCGAUUGAGAGUAAAAUUUCAUAAUUCUGCGCGCAUGCGCACAUAGUAUGGCGUUUUGUUGCAAAAAUCUUUUUAGUUAUGUAUAAAUAUAUCAGUGCAAGAAAAGGUGUGAAAAGAAUAUAUUAGUGUUUUUAGUAAAUAAUAUAUUUAUUAUAAUUUUUGUGGCUUUGGAUUUGCAGUGGCAACGCGUGACUUUUUCUAAAGUGUUACCAAAACCAGAUAUUAAAUAUAUACCAGAUAUAUUAUAUAUUAUCUAUAUAUAAUGUAUUUUAUAAAUAUUUUUAUAUAUACAGUGUUCCCAUACAUCAAAGUUUGUUCGACUAGACACCGUGAAUUUUCAGCUUGCUGUUAAUCAAUUUUUUUUUGGUACGCGCGAUCCAGGUCUAUUAUAAAAAUAGAUGAAAUAAAAUUUAAAAAUUAAAAAUUUAAGAAAUUAUAUAAAGUAUCUACAAACUAAAAACAUAUUUGUUGUUUUUAGGUAAAAUAUGUAUUAUAUCACCUUUAUACUUUAUUAAAAAAUCCAAAUUGUAUAAUUAGUAUACUAAUCAGUACAUUCAUUUGUCAUUUUUAGCCUAAAAUAUUAAAUAAUUUUUAUUUUAUUGAUUAUACACUACAAUGUACUGUAUAAUCAAUAUUAUUAUAUGUCAUAUUAUAAUAAUGUUGUUAAUUAAUAUAUUUCCACAAGUAAUUAAAAUCGAUUAAUAUGAUUUAUAUAGGAUAAAAAGGUAUAGAUAUAUUAUCUGUAUAAUAAGCAAGUACAGUUACAAGUUAUAAACUAAUAAUUAAUAAUGCAUAUUAUGCAAUAAUUGAAUCCAAAGGGCCGGUACGGUUAACUAACCGGAGUUUAAUCGAGAAAAUACCGGCCCUAAGAAUAACAGAGUUCAUAAAUGGAAUUAUAAUUAUUACCUAUAAUUAUAAUAAUAAUUAAAAUUGUAUUUAUUAAGUCUGAUAUUCUUACGGUCGGUAUUUUCUGUCCCGAUAGACACCGGCCCUACCUAGCGUCACCAAAUUAAAAUUUGGUAACACCAAUACGCGGUUUCAGAGCCAUCGACCCCGCAAAAUUUUCAGAGACGAUCCAGUCAAAGAUCCUACUAUCGUUGCCACUCACAGAAGUGGUAAACGGCGCGGCGCACGGUAAGGGCACAGUAUAAUAAAUAUGGAACCUCUUUAUACUGUGGUAAGGGCGUAUUAUAAUAACGUGCAACCGAUUUUACAUAAACUCGCUGAUAUUUUCGUGCGUCUAGUUGGCUAUUUUACUGAAUUAGGUAGAUACUAUUAACAAAUAUUUCUAUUUUUAAAAAAUAUAAAUGGAAUUAUUUCAUAGUAGUCAUAAAAUAUUUAUUUACAAAUUUUAACUGUUACCAAUGGUAACAAUGGUUACAUGGACGCUUCGCCAGUGUGGAUUUGUCUUCCUCAGGAGUAAGAUGAGUAUUAUUAAAACAUUUUAUUGUACAUAUAUUUAUUCACCUUGUAUGUUUGUUAAGGUGAAUUGUCAUUAGGUACGUCCGAACCGAUACAGACAGUCCUCGUAGCGUAUUUAUUAUAGCAUUUAGUCGAGGCGUCAGUGGCGUGGCAUAGGUGACACCCGGGGCGGUAAUCUAUGGUGUCACCCCAAAUCCUACAAAUAAAGAUUGUUAAAAUCAAUGAAAAUCUGAUACACGUAUGUUUUGAAUAAUGAAAAAAAUAAGAAUUUAUAGAUAAUAAACCGAGGUUAUUUAGCCUUGUUUGCGCCAUUGUUGCUCGAAAGUAAUUCUUGAUUAAUUUUAGCUUACUAAAACUUCUCUCACAUGAAGCAACCGAUAAGCACAUGGUUAUAAGUUUAUAAGUAUAUAAUUUUAAUGCGAGCAUUAAGUUUGGGAGAGAUUCGAUGAAAUUCCAUUCCACAGUGUCUACAGCUUAUUUUAAAAGUCUACAGCUAACCAUAUUAUAUAGGCUGUAUUAUUGGCCGCUUGUAAAUGUCUUCUGAGCCUUGGUAUUUCUAGCAAGAAGUCUGCUUCUGAUACCUCUUCAGGGUAAAGUCACAAAAUGUUAAAACAGCUAAUUUCAACUGUUCACUGAAUGCAGCCACAUCAUGAAUGGACCUUGAUUUGGUUUCGACUUCAAAAUCGAAUAGGUCAAAACAGUCCUUCUUCUUAAAGUACCCUCUCCUCAAUGAAGGUUGGCUACUACAAUUAUUGAAAACUCUUCUCGGUUUUCAGCUGUUAGUAUUAGCUGUUCAAAAUUUAGCCCCGUCCAUUGUUGGAUGUUUUUGAGCCACGAUAGUGUUUUUCUUCCUUCUUCUUCUUCGUCUAGCCAUUCACGUCCACAUCUGAAAAUAUGCCUCUUUAAGUCUUCCUUUCCAUUGAUUUUUGUUGUACGCUACUUGUAGCCAUUUUCCCCGGCAGUUCGUUUUAUAUCAUCUGUCCAUCUCAUAGGAGGUCUGCCUCUGGGUCUUUUGUGUUGGUAUGGUCUCCAGGCUAGAAUUGUUCUGUGCCAUUUGUUUAGAUCGCUCUUAGCUACAUGUCCAGCGUAUUCCCAUUUCAAUUUUAAUGAUUUUUGUACCACAGUUUGUUUUUCUUCCUAGUUCUCUCUAUCCCACGAUAUUUCCUUUCACUGUAAAUUGAGCAUAUUGGUACUUUUUAUUUCUCAGUAUGACGUCUAGGUAUGAUGUUUUUCUAAAUUUCACUGUGUGGAAAAGUUUUCUUUUCUUGCUUAUUCUAUGCAGCAAAAGAGUAUAACAUAUCCUUUUGAAGUUCAGCUCGAAGCAGUGUGAGUCCUGCAUCGGUAGCUAAGUCUAUAUCCAUUCAUUUUUUACGUCGAAUUCGUUUUUUGGUGGGAAUGUCGUCGUAUUCUUAUUUUUUCUUGGCAAAAUCUAUUAUUUCAUAUAAUAUGACCACGUUUUUCUUCAAUAUAAAGUGCAGCUCUUUUGAUCCCUGAUUGAUCAACGGUUAUGCCUUUACUUUCCAAUUUAAUUUGACAAAAAUUUAUUUCUCUUAGAACAUCAUUCCCAAAGAAAAGAUAACAAGAUAUGUAUGCCGCUUAUAAGAGCUGCAUUAUCGUAUCCCUGUGAAAAGCGCUUCAUAAUAAUCUAAAUCACCAAUUUCAAGAUUCUUGAGAAUUUCGUUACUUAGAUUAAGUGCUUUUUUCCUUUUAACGGGUAAAAAUCAAAGAAAUGCCUCUUUAACCUCGACUUUUCUCGGCUUCGUGUGUUCACAAAAUAAUAUCGAAUUGUAUUUUGAUUGUAAAGUGGGUAAAGUUACAAAUUAACGAUUUAUUUUUUUGUGAUCGGGUCUCUUGGGUGUCACCCUCGAGCGGAUGACACCCGGGGCGGACCGCCCCCUCCGCCCCACCCUAGCUACGCCACUGAUUGAAGUGUCGAUACACAGAGGAGAGGAAUCGAGAUAGGACGACCUUGAAAUUUGUGUACACGAUUUUGCCUGUUUGCUUGGGUUCUCGCUAGGGCGGCGGUGGCGUAGAGAUGGAUGCUAGUUUUGCAUUGGAGUGAAUGUGAAAAUUUCGAAAAUAAUUAAUUAUUCGUAGUUAAUAUAAGAUUACUGGUUUUGGUGGUUAAUAUUAUUUAAAUAUGAGUGCCCAAGAAAGCUUACACUAAAAGAACUUACCUACUUCGUACCGGGAUUUAUAUCGAGUUAUCGUUCCGAUAAAAAAUUCAAAAGGGAACUUAACGAAGUUAAUAAAGACUUUUUAUAAAGAUUUGUCUUUAUGUUAUUUAUAACGUUCAUGGAUUAUACCUAUUCGUUUGUAUGUUAUUUCCUUCGGUGUAAAUAAAAUUUGUGUAUUACCUA